AUGGCACCGACCGAGAAGUCCGUCAAGCUUGAGGGCAUUGUCGGUGAACAUGACGACAAGGGUAAGAUGGAGGAACUUACCGCCGACAUGGCGAGUGGUCCCUUGGGUCUGAUCCAGAAUCCCUACGUCAGCUUCGUCUCCUUCUCGAUUGCCUUUGCUGGGUUCAUGUACGGAUACCCCGGUGGCGUUCUUUCCAAUAUCCUUACUGACGAAAACUUUGGCGCUCAUUUCCCAAGGAUCUACGCAGAUGCGACCUUCAAGGGCUGGGUGGUGGCCAGCAUGGAACUUUCAGGGGCAGUAGGAUCUAUUAUUGCGGCACCGCUCGCGGACAAAUACAGUCGCAGAUACGCUCUCCUUAUGUCGGUCGCAAUUAUCAUCGUUGGGACCUGCCUCCUAACUGGCGCUGUGAAUGCGGGCAUGAUCAUUGCUGGCCGCUUGAUUUGUGGCGUGGGCGCAAUUUACAACUGCGAAAUCGCUCCACCUCAGCUUCGUGGUACAUUGAUUGCCUUCUACAUGUUCUUCCUAACCUUGGGCAACAUGCUGGCCUUUUUCGUCACCUACGGCUUUCACUUUCUGGGCGGCAUCCGUUGUGCCCCUGAGACACCGUAUACUGGACCGAACAAUUCAUUUGAUCCAUAUAACGAUGUUCCAGCCGGUGGCUGCACCGGGCAAGGAGACGGCUCCUGGAGGAUCCCACUGGGCUUGCAGAUCCCUUUCGCUCUUAUACUUGGUCUUUUCGUGUGGUUGGCUCCUCCGUCGCCGCGCUGGCUUAUGAUGAAGAAUCGACCUGACGAAGCGCUCGACAUUAUGGAGAAGAUUCGACGGCUGCCACGAGACAGUAUCCUGGUUCAGACCGAGUUCCUCGAAAUGAAGGCCCACAUGAUCUAUGAACAGGAGCUUGAGCAAGAGCUGUAUCCAAAUGCAGGUCUACUCAGACUAACGUGGGAGACCUUCCAAAGGUUUUUCACAAACCGCGGACUGUUCAAGCGCCUGUAUAUUUGCGUGGUAUACAUGGUCUUGAACCAAUGGGCUGGGAUCAACGCUAUUCUCUACUACGCGCCUUUGAUCUUCUCCCAACUUGGUCUCAGCUACAAUACUACUGCGCUUCUUGCGACCGGCAUUGUUGGAUUGGUUUUCUGGCUCUCGUGUACAGUUGCCAUUCUUUAUUCGGACAAGUUUGGCCGUCGCAAUAUGCUCAUGCUUGGGCUGAGCAUCAUGAUCAUAGGCCACGCCGUUGUGGCUGGCAUUAUCGGGAAGUACUCUGGCCAAUUCGGCGUCUACACCAGCGCUGGAUAUGCGGGUGCCGCGUUCAUCUACAUCUACAUGAUCGGCUACGGAGUGACAUCUAUCAACAUGAACGUGAUCAGUUCCGAGAUCUUCCCCAGCCAACACCGCUCACAGGCCAUGGCUAUGAUUUUCGCCGUCAAUUGGAUUUGUAACUUCUCCGUUGCUCUUGCAACUCCUGUCAUGCUGGAGGAAAUCAAAUUUGGCACGUUCCUGAUCUUCGCUUUUUGUUGUAUUGGUAUGCUCCUGUGGACCAUAUUUGUCAUUCCUGAAACUUCUCACAAGACUGUCGAGGAGAUGGACAUCUUGUUCAAGGACCAGUUGGCCAGCGAUCAGGCUGCACGGAUGGCAAGGAUCUUCGAGAGGCUCGGCUUAGCUGGCGGUGGACACUCAUCCACUCAAGAGCUCAAGACCGGAGCGGCCAUUGAGCACCACGAUGUCAAGAAUUGA